AUGUCGUUCUUUGGAUUUGAUCCCAUGGCUCCACCGGGCGGCCCUGAUAAGCCUGAGACCCUGGACUUCAACGAUCUCGAAGAAGACGAUGCCUUAAACGAUGAGACCUUUGGUGCAGUAGCAGUUUCCAACCUGAAGGACGAUUUUGAUUUUUCAUUAGGAGGAAACAGCGGUGCUAAACAACAGACAUCACUGAAACCAGCUCCAGCACCAGCUCCAGUAGCACAGAACAGCGUGUCGUAUGCGUCGGCAGCACAGACUAAGGUGGAUGAUAUCUUACAACCAAUGGCUUCUCUUUGGACCGAUGAAAAACCAGCAUCUACCGACAAUGCCAACACACCCACCUCCGACAAUACACGUGUUUUAACUUUGGAAGAAAUUGAGGCAAAAUUGAGGACUCAGAAGACACCUAUCCAGCAGCAGCAGCAGCAGCAGCCACAUCAACAACAACAGCAUAACAUUGUUGCAGGUAACAACAUGGCACAGUUUCAAUUGCCACCGUACGUUACUCAAAUGUUAAUGCAACCCACUGUUCAACAACAGAUUAUGGCGGCAGUUUCAUCUGGUAGAUUUGCUAACAUCCAGAUUGCCACCCAGGCGAUGAUCCAGAUGUUAUUAUCUGGUCCAAAUCCAAUGAUGCAAAUGCCUCCUCAAUAUGGUGUCCAGAAUGGCAUGAAUUAUAUGCAUAGUAUGGGUAUGCAACAGGUACCACCACCACCACAACAACAACAACAACAAAAUCAAAACCAACAACAGAUGCAGAUGCAACAAAUGCAACAAAUGCAACAAAUGCAACAAAUGCAACAGCACGGUCAGCCACAACAACCGAACCUUCCAACUGAACAGCUUCCACAGCAGUAUCAACAAUUACCUAACGUUCAACAACAUCCGAAUCCGCAAAAUUCAACGGUAAACAACCAACAGCCUCAGCAGCAACACGUCACCCAAUUACAACAAAAGGGUCAAAACAUUCAACAUCAACAACCACAUCCAAUCAACGUCGAACAGAAGAUUGAUUUGAACUCUUUCCCAUCAAUUGAAGUUGCGAGUGCCAAGGGUAAUGGUCACGUCAACCAUGAUGAUGCUAACAUCGAAGUGAACUCUGAGUCAGAUGGGGAAAGAGCGGACCUCCCAAAAACACAGUCUAAUCACCAACACCAUAUGAAUCAGUACCAUAAUCAACGUUUUGCUCACAAUAACCAAUUUCAUAAUAACUACAAGCAAAAGUCCCACAUGCAAAGACAGCAACAAUUACAGCUGCAACUGGCCAAUAUGUCACCCGAACAACGUGAUCACUUUUUGUCCAGGCAAGAGAAAGUUCAGAAAAUCACUAGAUGUUCUGGUUUUAUGACACCAAAAGAUAAAGAUUUUGUGACUAGGUUUCAAUUGUCUCAGAUUGUUACUGAUGACCCAUACAAUGAAGAUUUCUAUAGCCAAGUUUACAAGGUUUUGAAUUCAGCCAAUGGCGAAAACAAUAUGAAUUCUUUGGCACAGAAGUAUCUUGAACAAUCUGGCCAUAGACUUGGAGGUAGAUCCAAGAGAGCAGAUAUUGCUCUUCAAAGGAUGCAACAACAAGUUUCUAAGGCUGUUUCGGUUGCCAAAGAAAGAGGUGAAAGUACUGGUAUCUUAACUAAAGCAGGUGCACUAGGUAAAGUUUCAUUUGGUAAUGGUAAACAACCAAGAAGGCAAUUGAUUAUCCACAACCAAGAGAGCGAACAGGAUGAUAAAGCCAGUACCAAAGCUAACACGAAAAAGGAGAUAGUUUUGCCUAAGGAAUUCACCUUUUCCAAGUCUGCAAGAACCUUCCAACUAUCAAUAAUUGAAAAAAUCUACAAUGAGGUCUUGAAAUUAGAAUCUCUUGAAAGAGAAAAUCAACAAUAUGAAACUAGCCAACUAUGGAAAUCUUUGCAUAUCAAUGAUGUUAUUAAGACAUCUGCUGGUGAGGUUAUGAACCCAUUUAUUUCCAUUUUAAGUUAUGAUAAGAUGAUGAAGUUAUUUGAUAGAAUGUUCCAUUUUUUCACACCAGAACAAAAGCUCGAAUUGACAUCUCAACUGUUUCUCCAUCUCCAAGAUUUGGAUGUCAUUAGAAAGGGAUCUUACCAGAACUACAGUGCAAAUAAUUAUGAAAUUCCAAAUGAGGUUAGCAAAAAAAUCGAUUUAUUCCAAAUUGCAGUUUUGAAGGGAUUGGUGUUCUAUUUGAGUGAAUCAAACUUUUCGUAUGUUUUAACUUGGCUGAAUACCCUAGUAACAUCCAAGACUAUUCUUUUCAUAGUUACUACCAAAAUUGGCUUAUCUUUAAUUACAGUUCUAAUAUCCAGAUUGGAAUUGAUUAAGCAAGAGUUUGGAAGUUCUAUCAGUGCACAAGAACUCUCCCAAUGGCAAACCGUAUAUGAUCAAUUAUUCCAGUGUCUGGAAGGCAGGCUAUCAACUUGCUUCCCGCCAUAUAUUUCUCAUGAUGAGGCCAGAAAAGUUACAAAUAAGGACUCGAACGAUGAUGGAUCUUAUGUCUGGCAAUUUUUAGCUUCAUUGACAUUGACAGGCCAACUAAACCACCAAAGAAUUAUUGUUGAUGAAGUCAGAAAUGAGAUUUUCGGUGUUAUGGCUGUUGCAAAGGAGCUAAAGUCUAAAGGAGAAUUAGAUAGUGCUUCUAGAUAUUUGGAUAAUUUGAACUUGUUCUUGAAUGCCAUGGGAUUGGUUGCAACAGAGGAUGACAUCUCACAACUGAACGAAUAA